AUGUCCUCGUCGUCGGCGCCGCCGCCGCCACCCCACAACCACGAACCCAUCGCCGAAAACCAGACCCGACCCGAACCCCCUCAAAAACCCGCAUCGGAUAUCAAGAAGCCAACUUUCCUAACCCCCCACCAGAAGCCCACGUGGGUCCUCCCCUACCGGACCCCACUCCUCAAGAGCCUAUACUCCAUCGGCCGGAAGCUCGGCCAGGGCCAGUUCGGGAUCACCUUCCUCUGCACCGAGAAAUCCACCGGCACGCCCUACGCCUGCAAAUCCAUCCCCAAGAGGAAGCUGAUCUGCCGGGAGGACUACGAUGAUGUCUGGAGGGAGAUUCAGAUAAUGCACCACCUGUCGGAGCACCCCAACGUUGUACGGAUAAAGGGCACCUACGAGGACGCCCUGUUCGUGCACAUAGUCAUGGAGCUAUGCGCCGGCGGCGAGCUCUUCGACCGGAUUGUGCAGAAAGGGCAUUACAGCGAGAGGGAGGCCGCAAAGCUGAUCAAGACUAUUGUUGGAGUGGUCGAGGGCUGUCACUCGUUAGGGGUCAUGCACAGGGAUUUGAAGCCCGAGAAUUUCUUGUUCCUUAGUGCCGAUGAGGAUGCUGCUUUGAAGGCCACUGAUUUCGGACUCUCUGUUUUUUACAAACCAGACGAAAGUUUUAGCGACGUUGUGGGAAGUCCUUAUUAUGUUGCACCGGAGGUACUGCAGAAACAUUAUGGACCCGAGGCAGAUGUGUGGAGUGCUGGAGUUAUUUUGUACAUAUUACUCAGUGGUGUUCCACCUUUCUGGGCAGAAACUGAGAUCGGAAUUUUCCGCCAGAUAUUACGAGGAAAAUUGGACUUUGAUUCCGAACCAUGGCCUGUGAUUUCAGAUGUUGCCAAGGAUUUAUUAAGAAAGAUGCUGGACAGAAAUCCAAAGACGAGGUUAACAGCACAUGAAGUUUUGUGCCAUCCAUGGAUAGUUGAUGAUACAAUGGCCCCUGAUAAGCCACUUGAUUCUGCGGUUUUAUCACGCCUCAAGCAGUUCUCGGCAAUGAACAAACUUAAGAAAAUGGCUCUACGUGUCAUUGCCGAGAGAUUAUCCGAAGAAGAAAUUGGCGGUCUAAAAGAUCUGUUCAAAAUGAUUGAUACAGACAACAGUGGAACCAUAACCUUUGACGAACUCAAAGAGGGUUUAAGGCGGGUGGGCUCGGACCUUAUGGAAUCAGAAAUUAAAGAUCUUAUGAAUGCGGCUGACAUCGAUAACAGUGGAACAAUAGACUACGGGGAGUUUCUUGCAGCCACCGUACACUUGAACAUGUUGGAGAGAGAAGAGAAUUUGGUUUCGGCUUUCUCUUUCUUCGAUAAAGAUGGCAGUGGUUACAUAACCAUUGACGAGCUUCAACAAGCGUGCAAAGAAUUUGGUCUUAGUGAGCUUGAUCUCGACGAUAUGAUCAGUGAGAUUGAUCAAGAUAACGACGGGCAAAUAGAUUAUGGGGAAUUUGCAGCCAUGAUGAGAAAGGGAAAUGGAGGUGAUGCAAACAGCAUCAGUAUCGGAACCAGAACCAACAUUCAAGACAAUUCUCUUGUUCAUGUAGCCAAAUCUAACCUAAGUGGGAAAGUCUUGCCUAUCCUUAUUGGCGACAAUGUCACCGUAGGUCAUAGUGCUAUUUUGCAUGGAUGUACUGUGGAAGAUGAGGCAUUUGUUGGUAUGGGUGCAACAUUGCUUGAUGGGGUUGUUGUAGAGAAACAUGCUAUGGUUGCUGCUGGUGCUCUUGUGAGACAGAACACAAGAAUACCCAGUGGAGAGGUUAGUGGUAUUUUUGGCUCCCUGUAA